CGAUGACCUUCUACACAAUGGGUCAUUGCUAUAAGAAUAAGUCGAUUUACAAAUGCAAAUAGUGAGAUCUUGACUCUCGAACAAAUCGCAUCAGUGUUUUUAUUGUCAACAAAAAUUAACGAUGCGCUUGCGCAAAAACUUUCGUGUUUCGUCGCCUCAAAAUGUUUAUAUAGCAAUAGCAGUUUUGCUACUAGUUUGUUGUCUGAGUUGUUCGGCGGCAACAGUCAGCGGUAAAAGACCACCAUCACCAUCGACUGCAACAAAUCCGGCAAAAAAACAAGCAACAGUUAUGGAGCCCGCAUUUGCAAAUGCCGGUCAAAAAGCUGGAAUUGAAAUUUGGAGAAUUGAGAACUUCAAACCGGUGGCGUACCCCAAAAACGAGUACGGGAAAUUCUACUCCGGAGACUCCUACAUUGUUCUAAGUACGAAAAUCAAUAAACGGGGCGAAAAAUCAUGGGAUAUACACUAUUGGCUAGGCUCGCAAACCAGUCAGGAUGAGGCCGGUUCGGCUGCAAUCUUCGCAGUCCAACUCGACGACCAACUUGGCGGAGUUCCAAUCCAAUACCGGGAAACCCAAGAGCACGAGUCCCAAUUAUUCUUGUCUUAUUUUAAAAACGGAGUGCGCUACCUCCCCGGCGGAGUCGCUUCCGGUUUCACUCACGUCGACCCCAACGCUUUCGAGAAGCGUUUAUUCCAAGUCAAAGGCUCUCGCAACAUCCGAGUGAAACAAGUCGACCCUCUUGUAAGCUCGAUGAACAAAGGCGAUUGCUUUAUCCUCGACGUGGGGCGAGAUAUUUACGUUUACGUUGGGACUAAGAGUAAGCGAGUCGAGAGACUUAAGGCCAUUUCGGCCGCGAAUCAAAUCCGGGACCAAGACCACGCCGGCAAGGCCAAAGUCAACAUCAUCGAUGAGUUCAGCCCCGACCACGACUUCGCCGAGUUUUUCAGCGCUUUGGGCAGUGGGAGCGCCUCGAGUGUCCCCGAUGAGUCUGCAGGGGGCGACGACGCCCAAUUCGAGUCAAACCAGGAACGCGCGGUGUCCUUGUACCGCGUUUCGGACAACAGUGGAAGCCUUAAGGUUGAGCUUGUGGCCCAAAAACCCCUCCAGCAGUCGCUACUUGACGGGAGCGACUGCUUCAUUCUGGACAGCUCCGACUCCAACAUCUUUGUCUGGAUUGGGAAAAAAUGCAACAAUAAGGAGAAACAGGAGGCUAUGGUCAAGGCCCAGAACUUCCUCACGUCCAAAAAAUACCCGGCUUGGACUCACGUCCAGAGAAUUGUCGAGGGGGCAGAACCCACUGCUUUUACUCAAUAUUUCCAGUCUUGGAGGAAUAGGAACGAGUUGCAUUCGAGACUUAUCCGGUCCCCGAGCACCGAGAAAUACAACUCGUUUGAGCCCCGACUUUUCCAUGCCGAAAUCAAAGGCAAAAACAACAAAUUUGAAGUUGAAGAGAUCAUCGAUUUCCAACAGAGUGAUUUGAAUGAGGAUGAUGUCAUGCUUCUGGAUGUGGGGAAAGAUCUAUUUGUUUGGAUUGGGAAUGGGGCCAGUGUCAAGGAGAAGGCCAAAGCAAAUGACCUUGCGAAGAUGCAUUUGAAGAAAUACAGCCGUGAGGACACACCAGUGACAUCUAUAGCGCAAGGACAGGAACCGGAAACGUUUACUUCCGUGUUUCCGAGUUGGAAUCCCGACUUUUGGGACUCUCUUGAGUCCUACGAUGACAUCAAAGCCAGAAUUGCCGAAGACAACAAAGCACUGUAGUCAAAUACAAUACAAUUUUCAGAUUAUUUAUUGAAAAUUUCCGCUUUAUAUAAUUAAAGGACUGAUAUAAGCUUUGUUACGUUGUUUGUAUGUCUAAAGUUUUAAUAAAGGGACAGUUUUAAUACUUAAA